CGACAACAAAAAAAAAACCAUUCCUUUCUCAGUUUCUCUUUUCCAUUUGCGCAGUUAUGAGAAAGGAUCUGUACCAAUUUGAUCAUUCAGCAUUAUUCUAAACCCUAAUUUCAUGCGAUGGCUUUAGCAAGAUCAAGAAACAUCAGAUAUCUCUAUCACUCUCUUCAAACUCGUGAAAUUUCAUCUCUGUUUGGAAGCUCAAAAAACUACUACUUCAAUCCUGAUGAGAAAGUUGUAGGGUUUCAGAAUCAGAGAUUCUCCACUAUCUCAUCAUGCAAGGAUUAUGGAAGUUUUCCUUUGGUGAAAUCAAGUGCAGGGUCACUGAAUUCCACAAUGGCUGCUGAUUAUCUAUCUACACUCAUGAAUGGAAAUAGGCUGAUGAGCACACAAGUGAAAGCACCUCCUCAAGCACGACAAAUGGGGGCUAUGCAAAUAUCCAUGACGAGCCCAGGAUUUGUCUAUGAACCAUAUGAGCCUCGUACAAAGAUUCCAUUUUGGCGAAGAUGGUUUACCAGAGAUGGUUGGAGAAGAACAAAAGAUGAUAUCAAAAUUGAGAUGAGGAGUGCUUAUGCAAUUGCCAAGUUGAGGAAAUCUGGAUAUUCUAAGAAGGAAUUCUACCAGGAGGCUGUACAGCUUUACAAGGAGAUAAACACUCUAAUGGCAAAUGGCGAUAAAACACCUUUACGGAAAGCAGUUACAGAGAAAAUGUAUUCUGCCCUGAAGAAUGAGAUCAAGACCAGGCAAUCCAUGUGGAGCAGUGUUUAUUGGGAGCUGGUUGAGCCAGUCGUUAAAAUACGUACCCUGAGAGCUAGACUGAUUGCAAUUGACAGAAAUGAUCUUAACAAAGUGUUCGUACAGCUUACACUCGAAUUCCUUGCUAAGCAUAAGUUUGAGGCAUGUGAUUCAAAAGGUGCAGUUGUUGCUGGUGAUAAAUCGAAAGAGGUACUAGUACGUGAUAUAUGGGUAUUCGAGAAGUCUAUGUUUCAUCAAGGAGCAUAUUGGCGCCUAUGUGGACGGAUCAAACCAUAGGCUCAAUGCUUUUAGUUGUGGCCCAGAUUGGUAUAAAUUUAAGCAGAUCAAUACAACUGGUGCAAGUCUUUGCUUUAUUUUAUUAUCAAUGCUCAAUUCAUUUAGCACUCUGAAUAAUCCAUGUUAGGAAUAAAUUUUUUUUGAUCAGUAAAGAAUUUGGUGCUAGCGAGUUUCGAACUCAGGUCACUGGUAUCAUCACCCAGCGACUUUACCACUGUACUACAGCGACACCGGCCAUGUUAGGAAUAUUACUUAAGACUGUUUCUGUUUUGAAAGGGUAGCCUAUAUAACAACGUUGCACAUGCGAUUAAGUGUAGCCUACAACAGAAAUUUCUUUUUUUCCCUUUUUCUUUUGGGUGUUAGGAACAUUACUCAAGACUGUUUCAAUUUUGAAGGAGUAGCCUAUAUAACAACGUUGAACAUGCAAUUAAGUGUAGCAUACAACAGAAAUUUCUUGUUUCCUUUCUUCUUUUGCGGGAUAAUUG